UACACACACCACUGUCCCACGACCACGCUUGUGCCACACAACUUGGAUCAUAUGCAGUAUAAUGUGUCAGAUUCUCCUCUGAAGUGCAGUAAGGUAGACCAAAACGAGGCAAUGGGGUACACUAAUUAUAUCUUUAAUGAGUUCUCGCCACUUAUUGGUGAAUGCAUAGAACACAACAAUACUGGUUUGGGUACCCCAUGGCCUCGUUUUGGUUUACAAUGACCGCCGUGUGAAUAAGGUAAAUAGAGACACCCCAGUGAAAUGACUCUGCAAUAAAGUAUGCAAUCAUUACAGAAGGUGAUAGAGGUCAGACUGCAGCCCAUGCUGGAGAAGCAGAAGGCUUUUGAAGAACAGAGACUCAUCUAUGAACAAACAGAAGAUAAAAUUAGGACUCAGGCCAGUACACAGUGAAGCGGAUCAACAAAGGAUAUAAGAAGUUUGACCAGUUUCUACAAGAUGAAGUGACAGCCAAAAUAGCUGCACUGAGGGUGGAAGAGGAGCAGAAGAGUCAGAUGAUGGAGAAGAUUGAGGAGAUGAACAGAGAGAUCUCAUCUCUUUGACAAAAUGAGAGCCAUGGCAGAAAAUAUAAGAACUGAUGAUGUCACAUCCCUGCAUAAUAGCACAGCGGAAAGUUCUGAACCCGCACCCACAGCAGCACCAACACCCCAGUGCACACAGCAGGAUCUAGAGACGGUUCAGAUCAAUGUGGCAAAACACCUGGACAACCAGGAGGGCACACUCGUGAAGAAAAUGAUCCAAAAGAUUGCUCCUGUGGCUCUGGAUCCCAACACUGCACACCCAGAUCUCAUCCUGUCGGAAAAUCUGACCAGGAUGACAUAUGUUAAAAAUAACCCAAAGAGAUUUGAUAAGUACUGUACGGCAGUGCCCUGGGCUCUGUGGGCUUUAACUCAGGGACCCACAGCUGGGAUGUGGAGGUUGGAGAGAACUCAAUGUGAGUGUGAUGACAGAGGGUGUCUUGAGAGGAAGGGAGACUACAGCUUCAGGAGUGGACGGUGGUGUGUGUUGUAUGAUGGUGCUGUAUACGGAGCAUGUGCUCCUCCUCAUGCCCCCACUCUCCUCACAAUGAAGCAGAAACUCCAGAGGAUCAGAGUGCAGCUGGACUGGGACAGAGGAAAGGUGUUAUUCUCUGACCCUGAUAAUAACACACACCUAUACACUUUCACACACACUUUUACUGAGAGAGUGUUUCCAUACUUCAAUACUGACCGCACUCUAAGGAUCCUACCAGUGAGUCCUCAGUAACAGCAGAGCGGCACAGUUCUGCUUUGGGCACCCAAAUUGCCAGCAGCGGCACUGAUUACAGAUACAGAUAAUGGUGACACUGUGCACCCCUAGUACAGACACACACACACAGAUAUAGAUACAGAUAAUGGUGACACUGCACCCCUAGUACACACACACACACACACACACACAGAUACAGUUACAGAUAAUGGUGACACUGGGCACCCCUACAGACACACACACACACACAGAGAGAAAGAAACAGUUACAGAUAAUGGUAACCAGGGUUCUAAAUUAACACCCGCCAAAUGCGGGUUAAAAUUAAUUUUGGCGGGUGUUAAUAAAAACUUACUAGCCAGUUUGGCUGGUGAUGCAUGAGGCAUUACGUGCUCUCGGUCAUAUAUUCCCCCUGGCAGUAGGCCUACUUCCAACAUUUCCCAUGACCACUGUGCCGUAAUGCUACGUGAUACGCCCAUUGACUGGGAACUACCAAGGAACGACACAAGUGCGACUGCCUAGGGGCAGUAGUUCAACCGACCAAACUUUGCGUCCUUGUUUGCGAUUGAGAUUUCAAACUACCCUUUCUAGAAACACCAAAUCCAAGAACGAUGGAGCGAACUACCAAGGUUGCGACGCAAGUUAGCAAACGACACUUUCUAGAAACGAGCCCCUGGGCAGUUGCACUUGUGUCGUUCCUUGGUAGUUCCAGUUGGUGUCCGGAGCGCCUAACAAAAAAUCACAACCGCCUAACCAAAA